AUGACGGCGUGGAUUGAGGAGUUUGCUCGCGCUGUAGAGAUCGGUACAGCUCACUUGAACUCGGUUCCAGGACGCGAGGAAGCUGUAGAAAGGAUUCUAGCUUUUCUGGCAAAGGUGAAUAACCCUACAGUAGAGAACGAUGAAGCCAUUUGUCGUCUUUUGGGCGCGUGCAGAGUAUUCAUGCGUGAUCGGAGAGGAAUCGAUAAGCUCUUAUCAGCUGAGUCACUGGACAGCUUCUUGCUGCUUGCUGAAAAUCGGUCGUGGAGUUCGGCUCUACGGGAAGAGGCUCUCAAGUGCAUGAUCAAUUCGGUGUACUCGCGACCAGAGUUUGUAUCACAAACUCUCAUUGAUCAAGGUUUCGUCGCGCGAUUGUUGAGUAUUGCAAAGAUGGGAGACGAUGUUGCACUACACUGGCUGGUCUGGAAAGUCUUGCUGGUUUCUUGUGAAGCUCCUGAAUAUUGUGUUCGCAUGGUUAAAGAUUGCUACUCAAUUGUGGUCUUGAUCCCUCAGACACUGUUCUACGGGUUCAACCACGGAAACCAGGCCGAAAUCGCCAUUGGAGCGCGUGCAACCUUACUUCUCGACUUGGUCAAGUUGAUCACUGUGCUAGUAAACGAAAUGCAGUGGACAGCAGAGCAGGAAACACUGCAACCGGAUAUUUUCCGUACUGUUCAUCGACUUGGGCGUUUGCUACUGGAGAUUCUACAGUUCAAACAUCCAAGCUUAUCUCCGCUGAACGACAGUCUUAUCGAGCUGAAGAAUAAAGUAAUGGAGGUGUUCAUGUUCCUCCCGGGAAGUCUUUUGGCAGCAUUUAUCCAGCAGCAACAUCGCGAAAAUGCUGGUUAUAUAGAAAGAUCACUACUCUCACCAGUUCUAGAUCAUCUACACGCCAUGUUGCUCGUAGUACGGGUCGAGAAAACCAGCCCGCUGAAGGAGAUGCUGCCCACAAUUAUCGUGUGCCACAAUCUGGCAAAGACUGGUGGCCAAGACAUCCUAACGUGCUUCAAGGAUGCUGUUUUACCAGCAACAGAGCCCACAGACUCUGUCACCAAUGCCUUUGGCCGGACAAAGAUACUUUUCUUCAAACACUUGAAGUUUUUCCUCACAUGCCUCGACACUGACGUCCGUCGCUACACAUCCGAGUGGUUGUUCCUGCUGUGCGAUGAAAAUGGUAAGGAUUUCUCACUUCUCAACUCUUUUAUUGCUUGUAUGGGGGUGUCAUCCUAUGCUUUUCAUUUUCAAAAUUUGCUUCCUGUUGCCCCCCGUUGA